CGCCUCCUAGCGGUAACACUGGGAAAGUGCUAUCAGCUGUUUAUUUUCCUCCGCUAUUCCGCGUGUGUAUCUGCUGGUCACGGCCCGCUGCGCAAUAUUCGCUCGUCUCUUUCUGGAGCGCGGAAAGUGCAUCGAUCGGUCGCGACCACUCUCCGCCAGUCGUGUGCUGUGGCGACGACAGUGCGCGUGUCGGCGGCUAUCGAUCCCGCAGUGGAGCCGCAUUGCCGUACAUUCCGGAGGCGGUGCCUCGCCUAGUUUUCGUCGAUCGUCGUCGUCGCGGACGUGGCGGGCGGGAGCGAGCGGCGUCGGCGCCCCUGCGCACUAGGCACGCCCGACUCGGCCGACGGAGCCCGAGCGACAACGGCCUUCCGCCAAAACCGGCGAGUGGUCCGCGGCGAAGCCACGGGUGUGAUGUAGCCGGCGCCGAGCGCGCGAGCGGGCUCGUCGGACAAAGGAUCCGCUCUAUAAACAGUUCGCGAUGAAGAAGUUCACGUUCAAGGGUGUGCUGGACGGCUUCCGCAGCUCGGUGCAGCAGGCGCCGCGCGGCACGGAGCAGGAGAUCCAGGAGACGCUGCGCUCCGACCACUUCCAGAUUAAAAAGACAUUCCGACAUGGUUUCCCGUUCGCACCCACGGCCAUCGCCUGGGACCCCAUACAGAAGCUGCUGGCCAUCGGUGACAAGGGCGGCAACCUCAGACUUCUCGGCGGCCCGGGGGUGGACGCACACGCGCGGCACGACAGCGGCGAGGCGGUGCUGCACGCCCGGUUCGUGGUCAACGAGGGCGCGCUGGUCACCGCCACGGCUGAUGACCACAUCCACCUGUGGACCUUCCGGCAGAAGACCGUGCAGCGCGUGCAGGCGCUCAAGUUCCAGCGGGAGCGCAUCACGUGCAUCCACCUGCCGCUGCAGUCCAAGUGGCUGCACGUGGGCACGGAGCGCGGCAACGUGCACGUGGCGCACCUCGACACCUUCGUGCUCAGCGGCUACGUCAUCAACUGGAACAAGGCCAUUGAAGUAACCAGAGGAAAUCACCCGGGCGCUGUCGUAGAGAUCUGUGAUAAUCCACUCGAUGCCAGCAAACUGCUAAUAGCGUUCGAGAGCGGCCUCGUCGUGAUCUGGGACCUGCGGGCGCGCGCGGCCGAGUGGCGCGGCUGCCUCGGGCUCGGGCCCGGGGACGGCAUCCGCGCCGCCGCCUGGCAGCACGACGGCAAGUUCAUGACGGCGCACGUGGACGGAGCCCUGGCCACCUGGACCACGAGGGCGCCGCGCCCGUGCCAGCUGACCUACCCGCACGCUAAGGCGAACAAAGAGGGCAAGUUAGAACCGUGCAAACCUAUUCACCGAUUAGAAUGGAAAACUUCAAAAACAGGUGAAAGCCUGGUAAUAUUCUCGGGCGGGCUCCCGACGGACAAGGCGGGGCGCACGCACUCGGUGACCGUGCUGAGCGGCAAGAGCACCACCGUGCUGGAGAUGGAGCACAGCGUGGUGGACUUCGUCACGCUGUGCGAGAGCCCCUGGACCGCUGACUACCAAGAGCCGUACGCCAUCGUGGUCCUGCUCCAGCACGACCUGGUGGUGAUCGACCUGCUGACGCCGGGCUACCCGUGCUUCGAGAACCCGUACCCCAUGGACCUGCACGAGUCGCCCGUCGUGUGCUGCUGCUACAUCGCCGACUGCCCCUCUGAUCUGAUACCGGCAUUCUACUCGGUGGGCAGACAGGGCAACAAGAAGACGGCGGGUUUCAGCGAGAAACUGUGGCCGAUCGACGGCGGAGAGUGGUCACCAGCCUCCUGCUCUUACUCCGAGAUCAUCAUCACUGGGCAUGCAGAUGGGAGUGUAAAAUUUUGGGAUGCGAGUGCUGGCACUCUGCAGAUAUUGUAUAAAUUAAAGUGUUCGAAAGUGUUCGAGCGUCGCUCCGGCGCGUCGUACGGCGGCGCGGGCGACGAGGAGUCUCCGCUGGCCAUCCAACAGGUGGCUCUGUGUGCCGAGUCGCGCCGCCUCGCCGUGGCGCUGCCCCAUGGCCACGUGCUGCUGUUCAAGUUCAGGAAGAGCGAGACUAUCACUGAGACCAGUGUAUUGGAAAUCCCUCCGAUCUCCGAUACGCUUGAGGAGGAGACGUCGCCUGAAGCUGAAAGUUCCCGAGCCUCUUUCAGCCGCGAGAGCGUGGAAGGGGAUUCUAGACGGUCCGGCACGUGGGGCAGCGGCGCGGCGGGGCUGCGCGUGCGCGGCGCGGCGGGGGCGGGUGGCGCGCGCUGGGCGCCCGGCUUCCAGGCCGCGCUGGCCAUCCUGCAGCAGGGGCCGCCCGCGCCGCCGCAAGCGCUCACCUUGAACUCUAGCUAUGGACUCAUGGCAUGGGGCGGCGAGCGCGGCGUGGUAGUCGUGGACAUCUCGCGGCGCGUGGUGGUCUGCUCCCUGUCCCCGGCGGCGCUGUACGGGGCCGCCGACCCGUGGGGCCGCGCCCCAAGACACACCUCCGAGAGACAGCGCUCGCCCUCGCUUGACCAGCUCGAGCCCUCGCCCCUCGCCGCCAGCCCCGAGCCCGCAUCGGACGACGUUCCCGACGCCCGCAGCGACGCCCGGCGCAAGUCAACCCCCUGGAAGGGAUUCAACCUGAAACGACAACUGUCCAAGGUUGACCUAAAAUUCAAAGCCGCCUUCACCGUCCCGGCUGAAAAUAACCUCGAGGAAACUGACGAACGAAACCAAGCCCCAAUAAACACUGAAAUCCCAGUCGAGAAACCGGAAACAUCUGCAUCCGAAUCACCAGACAAUACGGACUCGCCCGACAACGAUACUGAUAAAACAAUCGAGACGGAUGAGAACGGCGACAAGAGCCAACUGUCGUCCCCGCUGAGGGUGUGUUCGGAUGUGUUCGAGAGAAUGCACCGGGAGCUGCAGGAGAAGCGGUCGUCGGACGCGUACGACCGCAUGCACAGAGAGCUGCAGGAGCGGUGGCAGGACAAGGAGCGCGGGGACUCGGGGGCGUCAUCCGACGUGUCGCCCUCGCGCGGCGACGACGAGCCGCGAGCGCCCCCUCGCCCCGACAACCUGCCGCUCUUCGAAGAAGACGAACCGCCCACCAGACCACCCCGACAGAAGGAGAAAAAGAAAAAAGAGGAAGACCUGAGAGAUAAGAGACUGUUGUCGGUGCCGAACAUAAAGUACAGUAAGCAGGAGAGCGUGAAGGACCUGCGGCGGCGGCAGACCACGCAGCAGCAGGCGUCGUUCGCCGGCUCGCUCAUGCGGCGCUUCAGAUUAUUUGUAAGCAGACUUUGCAACAGAAAUGAUCAUCAGACAAAUGAUGGUGAGCCGACAGAAACGUGCCACACACGGCGAAUAGACAAGCUGGACAGCUCGUUCUCUCGCUCCCGCUCCAGCUCCAUGUCCAGUCUGGAGAACAUCAGCCAAGAGGGCAUCCAGUGUCUCGCCUUUGCCGAUAGCUAUACUAAGAAAUCAGAUCCUACGACGCUUCUCCCGACGUUAUGGGUAGGAACAACUCUAGGUUCUGUCCUAACAAUGAUGAUCAGUCUUCCUGAGGCUGAUCUCAGGCAUACGCAACCUGUUGUUAUUUCCACUACGGGUGGUCCAAUCUUCAGGUUAAAAGGGUCAAUAUUGGCAAUGUCAUUUCUCGACUGCAACGGUGCUUUAAUACCUUACUCAUAUGAAAGUUGGAGGGAUGACACUGUGAAAGACCGUCGGGAAAGAACGCCGACGAAGCAGGGUUCGAGCUCGUCCGGUUCCCGGAUGUCUCCCACUCCGGCAUACGAGGGUCCGUCCGGGUCGUCCGGUGCGGGCGACCGGCAGUUUGUCGUCAUCGCUUCAGAGAAGCAAGCGCGGGUCGUGGCGCUGCCCAGCCAGAACUGCGUCUACAGACAGCAGAUUGUAGACACAGACUUUGUUGUCAAAGCGGAGAUUGUUAGCCUUAAAGAUAGUGUAUGUCUGGUGAAUUACCUGUCAACGGGUCACCUGGUGGCGUACAGUCUGCCGUCCCUGCGGCCCCUGGUCGAUGUAGACUUCCUUCCUCUAUCGGAGCUCAGCUUCCAGACACAGUCCAAACAGAGGGGUAUCGUUGACCCUAUGCUCUCCAUAUGGGGCCAACAGCUCAUAGUAAACGAGGACACAGAUCAGAUAGCAAAAACGUUUUGCUUCAGCAAUAGAGGUCAUGGACUGUACCUCGCGUCACCGACUGAAAUACAGAAAUUCACGAUUGAUAUCGAAUUCUGUCAACAACUAAACGAGAUGCUUGGGGAGUUAUUUUUACCCCGCGAUAUGCCCGAGCCACCCAAGGAGAGCUUCUUCAGAGGACUCUUCGGGGGAGGUUCCCGUCCGCUUGAUAGAGAAGAACUUUUCGGCGAAGGCAGCGGCAAGCCGAACCGGGCCAUAGCGAAGCAGAUAGUGGGCCCCAACUCGAGCAUCGCGGACGUGAACACGCGCGCGUCAACGGCGGCCUCGGAGAUAUCUCGCGCGCACAUGCUGGUGCUGGAGCGCGGGGAGAAGCUGGGCCAGCUCGAGGACCGCACGGAGCGCAUGCACCACGAGGCCGCGCAGUUCUCAACCUCAGCGCACCAGCUCAUGCUCAAGUACAAGGACAAGAAGUGGUACCAGCUGUGAAUCGUGAUCUUAUGACUAGACUUUUGUGCGCACAAUUAAGGUCGCGGCGGCCGGGCGUCCCGGCUCGCGGAUCAAUUAUUCAUGUGCCUCCAGUGGCCGCCGCAAGGCUUGUAUUGUACAUUCGUGAUAUGUAAAUAAUCGAGUAACUCAACUCUUUUUAUACGAUGUACCUACCGGUAGUGUACUCCUCUUAUUACUUUCCAGUUCCGACGUAUGACUUAGAGUUUUGGUCGUAACGCUGAUUUGAGAUUAUUUUUGUUUUAUCCUUGUGCUAUUACUGGUAAUGAAUAAUGUAGUUGUAAAUUUUAUAGAUACGAAGGAACUAAUGAACUUAAAUAUAAUGAAUGAAAAUAAUAAUUUAUAAUCGGUGAUGUUGAUCUGUAAAAAGUAUUAUGAGUACAUAAAUGGAUAAAGUAUAAUAUAAAUAUAAAGAAUGGGAAUUUAAGCAUUGGAUGACAAUAAUUUUUGUUACAAUUCUGAGUGGAUAUUUAUUUAUACGCGAGUGUUUUAUGUUCUCUUCAAUCUGUGUCGUUGCUCGCACCUUCUCUUUUAAUGCGUUGUCCAAACAUUCUUCUUAUUCAAUGUGCUGUGACCGUUAGUAUUAAUAUAGCUCUAUUAUUCUGAGAGUUGUUAUUUAAUUAGCAUUUAUUAGCGAUGACAUAAUUUUUGUUAAAAUGAGGUCGCCUGCAGUUCGGCGCGUGCGCUGCACAAUGAUAGCAAUACUAGGACUAAACCUGACCAAUCGUUGUCGUGUCGGUGUUGUACUAGUACCUACACAUUAAUACUAAAGCGAUACAAAUUUAAUGUAAACUAAUGACGUAAGGCGUCUAUUGUGUAUAUCGCUAUUCUAAUAGGUCUUUUACAGGGAAACUCGCUUAUUCAUCAAUUCAUAAUAGCCACCUUGUAGUUGUUAAAGGAACAAGCGGGUUUCUUUUGUAUUUUUGUAAUAUCUAAGUAUUGUAGUAAGUAUCAGUGUAUCGCAAGGCAAUAACAGUCCCGAGCGGCUUCGCUUGUUACCUUCGUCUACUUCAUGUAUCCUCGUUACUCAGUAUACUUCCUUGUCUAUUCUAUAGUAUUUUACGUCCGAUGUUUUGCCUCACUUAGCUUCAACUUUUAUACUCUAUAGAGAUGCUAGUUUCGUUCAUUGUAUUACUUAGUUAGCGGUAAUUUAAUAUUGGAUGCCAAACUUUGUAUUUAUGCUGUGUUUAUAUACUUGUUACACAUUUGUAAUGUUUAUUUAGAUUAUACCUACUAGUUAGUGUUAGUUUUGUUUAUGAAUUCUGGCAAAAAUUAUGACAAGUUAGAUGUUAUUGUAAACCCUAUGCUGUUCGGAUAUCAUAUUAUGUAACUAAAAGUCACACAUUUUAACCAGAUUAUUUUAUUAAUGAAGCGGAAAUAUUUAGCUUGAGAAAUUAUAUAAUAUUUUCAUAUGAAUGUUAACUGAUUUUAACAGAAAAUAUUAUUGUUGAUGAAAUGAUUUCAAAUUUAAAGCAAAUUAAAUUAAAUGCCAACAACUUACAAAAGUACCUACCUAGACCAGAAACGAAAUAUCUUGAUCGCAUAUCAGAGAAUAUAUCAGAAUAUAAGAAGUUCUAGUUUUGGACGAAGCGCCAUUUUCUAUUAAAUACUAGCAUAAUGGUAGCUUUUUCAUUUCAACAUCUUUGUGGUCCACCUGUACCUACUUCAACGCGGUCGAGUAAUGUGGUUAAAACAACGCCUAGUAUCGUUCAUUCUCUCCUGUAUAUCUCCAUAACGUACUCUAGUCCUGUUGAAUUUAGCAUCUUACGAGUCAAGCCGAUGUGCAAUACGCGUUAAUGUACAGAUAUCAAGUUAAGUUUUCUCAAUUCUAUUUAUUGUUGUUUGUCGGCAAGUGUACGACCCGAGCGCACUUUCAUUUGGAAAUUAUGGGACUAAAUUAAUGUAAGUAUUUGUACAUAACUUAAAGAAACUUGUGGCAAAUGUUCUUGUUACUUUGUAGCCGCGGCUCGCAGUCGCCGCCGCCCGCGCGACGCGCCCCGGAUAAUGCGAAUCAAACUAAACCUGUAACUAUACAUAUUGUAUAUAAAUGAUGCUGUUAAAAAUAUUGAUUAUUUAGUUUGGUAGAUGAUUAUUAGUCAUUAUAUAUAAAUGAAUUAUGAAAAUAUGAGAAUAUAAUUAUGUCAAAAUAUA